GUUGCGGGUUUCAAAGGAUAUCAACCGGGCCUGAGAUAUUCAGCAUUCAAGGUAAACAAAUACAUUUAUUUGUUACCAUAUUAUAACGUUUUUUAAAUCAAAUAUAUUAGACUAUAUAUACAGAAUAGCAGUAAUGGUUGAGUUUCUCCCCUGGCUUUUGCCAUAAUCUAUCUAUUCCAACACCUUGUUCGUGCCAUAAUAAAAAAAAAAGAUAUAAAACGCAGACAAGUACAAUUUCAUAGAAUAAUCAGCAAUUGCUAUCGCUUUAUUGAAAUAGCUUAUAGUUUGUCAUUAAUAACAUUUGCAUGAGUUUCCAUUUUGUUAUAAAUUAUUAAUGUGGUUGGCUUUUGUGAAAACGACGCACAUAAAGCGAUUCAUUCUCGCCAUGAAUCCAAUUAUUACACGAAUCACAGUUAUUAUCGAGGACGGAUGUAUGGGUCGCUUCACUCUGUGUUGGUGUUUAUUUUAGUAGGGAAUAAAAGCUUUACGUAAUUUAUUUCUAGCAUUGAGGGCGGCAGAACUCGCCAUAUGCCUGCUGCGCACAGUAAUCGGAAACGGUACAUCAGAAAGAGUUGGAUACCGGGCUGGUCCCAUUCUAUCACAUAAAGCGUAGCCUUUGAUUAUUGAUUUUGGAUCCGCAGCGUUUAACCUACCCAAACAGUUGUGUGUAUGGUUAGGCUACUUUUAUUUGCUGCGAUAUCGGACACUUCGUAGGAUGAAAGCUGAAUAUAGCCUUACAUAGGCUACAAUAGGCCUAUUACCUUCAAUAUUGGACUGCAAGUGAAUAGAAGACAUGUCAAACAGUCAGAGCAGAUCAAACAGAUCUCUUUAUCAUGGGCAGUUAUUAAUCAGUAAUAGACAAAAUGAUAUAUUUUAACACAUUUAUUAAAUUGCAUCAUUUAUAGAUAUGCCUAUUUAUAGAUUUUACAUUACUCAGAUAGUCCUAACUGAAAUGUAUCAAGCUAUCCUAAUAAGUCAAGUUGAAGAAUAAUAGUCUUCUAUUCUAAAAAAUAAAAAAGCAAUAGUUUCCACCUUUGAUGAGGGCAGAGGUGAAAUGCAGCAUGCUCAGAAAUAGGAUAUCAGGCAGCAGUGGUGAGGGGAUGGAGUCACUCAGAUAAAGGUUAGAUGGAGCCCUCAUUAGGAUGAGUUGCUUUUGUCUACCUGCUCUGAAGUCACAGGCUUUGUCCCUGUAUGAUGGUAUGUAUUAGGGUUGCAUGAUAUUGGAAAUAACUGACAUUGCGAUAUUUAGUUUUUCUGAUAUAUAUUGCGAUAUGAAAAAAUACAGGAUGUCUUCACCAGAUGACUUGAAAAGCUCUAUUUGAGAAUAAUUAAUUAUUCUAGAAUGAUCGGGGUGAUUUUGUAGGGAACUGCAUCUUCAUGGAAAAUAACAAUUAAAAAAUAUAACUGAAUAUGACUUUUUACCUUUUGACUUAUUUUGGGUAGUUUAAUUUAUUCUAUUAAUUAAUACACUGUUUAAUUCACCAUGGUUCUAUUGUAUUCAUGUAAUACUCUUCUAUCAAUUCAGGCUAAAGUCAAUGAUCUAACAUGUUAUGAUAUUAAUAAUGCAUGUUGCUUACCCUACAAUAAAGGGGCUCAUUUGUGAAUGAAGAGGUGUGGUGUCUAUAAGGGAUCCAGGAGAUUACAGGAGGCUGUAUCUCAGUACUCCAACCAGGUUAAAACAGAGCAUUCUCUACGGAGGAAGUUUCAUUAUCACAAUAGGGAAUUAAUGUGAAUGACAAAAUCAAAUCAAAAAGUCAUUUAACAUUUUAUUACAUUACAAAUGACUCUCAUCUAGGCCCCAAUCAGCUACAGCUUCUCUCAUCCCUGUUGCGAUGUUCUCACUUGUAUGAUCCUCUGGGGAAAAUGCAGUUUGCAAACAGCGACUUUUCAGGUGGAAGUCCUCAUUAAUAAAGUGUAUGGUCAGACUUAUGUAGGCCUCUGUUGUCCGGCUGGACCACAAGUCCGUUGUUGCUGUAUAAUAUUCCACUUGUGACAGCUCUGUUUCAACUUGUGCCUUGCAUUUCUCGUACAACUCUGGGAUGGCAACUUGAGAAAAAUAGUUGCGUGAUGUCAUUACAUACCGCUUGUCAAACGACCGGAUCAUGUUUUUAAAACCCUAUUUGGUAACCGUGUUAAUUGGUACCAUGUCUUUGGCGACGUGAAAUGUUAUUGAAUCUGUGAUUUCUCUCUGCCGUUUGGAACCUUUCUGGUAUGGUGUAAUACUGGCAAAGGCAUCCGAAAUAGAUUUUUGCUUUGGAGGGCAUUGAUAUGCUUUGCUCUGGAUAAGAGCGUAUGCUAAAUGAUGUAAAUGUGAAUGUAAAUGUCAUACGAAGAUUUGUGCUGCCGCCUUAAAUGAUCGAACAAAUUUGUCGUGUUGCCUCGUGUUGUUGCAACAAUUGCAAGGCACUUUCGACAAAGUACUUGUUUUUGGUCAACAUCAUCCUGUCUGUAGCCGAAAUAUUUCCAUAUAAUUGACGACGCAUUUCUUUUUGCAACCAAAUUCUCAAUUUCGGUCUUUUUCGCCUGUUCCUCGCUCAUCAUUUCGUCACGCGCAAGCAGAGGCUGCAUGUCAACCACGUGCAGCAACGAACUCCGUGUUUAAAAUAAUAAUAAUAAUAAUAAACUGUGUAUCCAAUAACCCAUAAAUCGGAGUAAAUUACGUUAUAUUAGACAGAUAUAAUGCUAGUUUAACAUUUAAAAUAUAUAUAUAUUGUAGACUGAUAUAUGUUUACCUUACUAAAUCGCAUGUUCUGAGAUGUGACUAUUGCGGAUGCAUACAUCGCAAUGUCAAUGCUGAAACAAUAUAUCGUGCAGCCCUAGUAUGUAUAUAUAAUUUUGUCUCUCAGGUCAGUUGAUCAGGAGGAGAAUGGAUCCAGUUUGAGCAUCUUCACUGAUAAGAUCUUGACUGAUAAAUUGCUGAGUGGGAUCCUGUAACCAUGGCGACCUGCGGGCGUGGCUGCAUCCCAGCAGUGCGUUUCUGCCAAAGGCUGAACCGACUGAAGACCCUGGAUGAUGACUUGAUGGUGACGUCAAUGAAGCGCUGCCUGACCAUGGUGGACCUGGCCCUGCUGGGUGUUGGGGGCAUGGUGGGCUCUGGCCUCUACGUCCUGACUGGCACUGUGGCCAAGGACACCGCCGGACCUGCCGUGGUCCUCUCCUUCCUCAUAGCAGGCAUUGCCUCCCUGAUGGCCGCCCUCUGCUAUGCAGAGUUCGGAGCUCGCGUGCCCAGAACGGGCUCAGCCUACAUGUUCACUUAUGUUUCUUGUGGAGAGAUCUGGGCCUUUCUCAUUGGCUGGAACGUAGUGUUGGAGUACAUGAUUGGUGGGGCCGCGGUGGCGCGGGCGUGGAGUGGUUACCUGGACUCCAUGUUUAACCACACUAUCCAGAACUACACAGAGAACUACAUAAUGAAGUGGAAUGUUCCCUAUAUCGCCCACUACCCUGACCUGCUGGCCGCCGCAAUUCUAGUGGUUGCCACCAUCUUCAUAACCUUCGGAGUGCGAGUCUCCUCUUGGCUCAACCACAUCUUCUCCGCCGUUAGUCUGGUUGUCAUACUCUUCAUCUUGGUGUUUGGCUUCAUGCUGGCCGACCCAGUCAACUGGAGCCAGAAAGAAGGAGGUUUUGCACCGUUCGGUGUGUCUGGGGUGAUGGCGGGCACAGCCACCUGCUUUUACGCAUUUGUUGGCUUCGAUGUGAUUGCAGCCUCCAGUGAGGAGGCAAAGAACCCCCAGCGAGCCAUUCCCAUGGCCACAGCCAUCUCCUUGUGCAUGGCAGCCACAGCCUACAUCCUGGUCUCCACUGUCCUCACUCUCAUGGUGCCCUGGCACUCCCUCGACCCCAACUCAGCCCUGUCUGAUGCAUUCUUCCGCAGAGGCUACAGCUGGGCUGGCUACAUCGUGGCAGUAGGGUCCAUCUGUGGUAAGUGUCUCUUGAAAGACUUAGCCACUGUAACCACACCAAUGUAUCAUGUCAUUGAGUUUCUUUGGGUUAGUUGAUGAUAUCAUUGAUUGAAGGGCAAAUGUGUAUGACUUUUAUUUAUCUUGACUUCAUACAGUAGCUCUCUGUUUUGAUUGCAUUGAUAAUCAUGUGACUCUCUGUCCAUCCCCUCUUCCAGCCAUGAACACGGUGCUCCUCAGCAACCUCUUCUCCCUCCCUCGGAUUGUUUACGCUAUGGCGGAGGAUGGCCUCUUCUUCUCCUUCUUCGCCAAGGUCAACCCUGUCACCAAGGUCCCUGUGAAUGCCAUCUUGGUGUUUGGCCUCCUCAUGGCCGUCAUGGCCCUCAUCUUUGACCUGGAGGCCCUGGUCCAGUUCCUGUCCAUCGGCACCCUCCUGGCCUACACCUUUGUGGCAGCCAGUGUCAUUGUGUUGCGCUUCCAGCCUGAGAAGGAGAAGACCAGUUCCAAGGCUAACUCCACUACCUCCCCCAACCCCAACUCCAACCCAGAGCUCUCGCCCGAAGCCUCAGAGUCCCAGAUCAUAGCUCAGGAUAGCGGGGAGCUGAAGGAGUACGAGUCCUUCUCAGACAAGUUACAGCUGGUGGAGAUGCAGAAGACCAGGGAACGCAGCGCCCCAGGGGUGUUGAAGGCCCGCUGGGAGCCCUACCUGGGCAGGGUGCUGGGGGACUUUGAGCCGGGGGAGGUGGUGGCCUUCUCUGUGCUGGCGGUGAUGGUGAGCUCUGUGUCCCUCUGUGCCGUGUUUGUGUUUGGGAGUAACCAGCUGCAGCUGCCUACGUGGAGCUUCGCCCUGCUAAUAGUGGUGUUUGGCUCAACCUUCCUCAUCAGCCUGGUCAUUAUAUAUGCCCAUGAACCUCAUAUCAACACCAAAACCUUCCAGGUGAGCCAAACAGAUUCUCAGUUUUGCAUGUUAUGUCUGCUGUGUAAAUGCAAAGCAGUUUACUUUUACUUUAUUGAAUAUGCCUACACAUAAAGUUAGGGAAGCAGAACUAAACCCUCACCUUAUAAUUAUUAGUUGUAUAAUUUUGUCUGCCUGCAGAGUUUCAAGCAGAACACCAUAGUCCCCUGUAGCUCAGUUGGUAGAGCAUGGCGCUUGCAACGCCAGGGUUGUGGGUUCGUUUCCCACGGGGGGCCAGUAUGAAAAUGUAUGCACUCACUAACUGUAAGUCGCUCUGGAUAAGAGUGUCUGCUAAAUGACUAAAAUGUAAAUGUAAAAUAGUCCCUAUGCCCAAGAACGCCAAGGUAACUUGUCUAAAUGACUAUCGCCCCGUAGCACUCAUAUCUGUAGCCAUGAAAUGCUUUGAAAGGCUGGUCAUGGCUCACAUCAACACCAUCAUCCCAGACACCCUGGACCCACUCCAAUUUGCAUACCGCCCCAACAGAUCCACAGAUGAUGCAAUCUCUAUUAUACUCCACACUGCCCAUUCCCACCUGGACAAGAGGAACACCUAUGAGAGAAUGCUGUUUAUUCACUACAGCUCAGUGUUUAACACCAGAGUGCCCUCCAAGCUCAUCACUAAGCUAAGGACGCUGGGACUGAACACCUCCCUCUGCAACUGGAUCCUGGACUUCCUGACGGGCCACCCCCCAGGUGGUGAGGGUAGGGAACAACACAUCCGCCACGCUGACAAUCAACACGGGUGCGUGCUUAAUCCCUGUUCACCAAGACUGCGUGGCCCGCACAACUCCAACACAAUCAUUAAGUUUGCCGACGACAUGACCUGGUAGGCCUGAUCACCGACAACAAUGAGACAGCCUAUAGAGAGGUCAGAGACAACAACCUCUCCCUCAACGUCAGCAAGACAAAGGAGCUGAUCAUGACCUACAGGAAAUGGAGGGCCGAGCAAGUCCCCCAUUCACAUCGAUAGGGCUGUAGUGGAGCGGGUCGAGAGCUUCAAGUUCCUCACAUCACUAAGGAUCUAUCAUGUUCCACACACACCAACACAGUCGUCAAGAGGGCACGACAAUACCUCUUCCCCCUUAGGAGGCUGAAAAGAUUUGGCAUGGGCCCUCAGAUCCUCAAAAAGUUAUACAGCUGCACCAUUGAGAGCAUCUUGACUGGCUGCGUCACCGCUUGGUAUGGCAACUGCUUGGCAUCCAACCGCAAGGCGCUACAGAGGGUAGUGCGUAUGGCCCAGUACAUCACUGGGGCCGAGCUCCAUUCCGUCCAGGACCUCAAAACCAGGCGGUGUCAGAGGAAGGGCCUAAAAAUUGUCAAAGACUCCAGCCACCCAAGCCAUAGACUGUUCUCUCUGCUACCGCACGGCAAGUAGUACUGAUGCACCAAGUCUGGAACCAACAGGAACAUGAAAAACUUCUACCCCCAAGCCAUAAGACUGCUAAAUAGUUAGUCCGGGUAGAUAUUUGGUUAACUAUUUUUUGUUAACAAACUAUAGUUUUGGCAAGUCGGUUAGGACAUCUACUUUGUGCAUGACACAACUAAUUUUUCCAACAAUUGUUUACAGACAGAUUAUUUCACUUAUAAUUCACUGUAUCACAAUUCCAGUGGGUCAGAGGUUUACAUACACUAAGUUGACUGUGCCUUUAAACAGCUUGGAAAAUUCCAGAAAAUGAUGUCAUGGCUUUAGAAGCUUCUGAUAGGCUAAUUGACAUCAUUUGAGUCAAUUGGAGGUGUACCUGUGGAUGUAUUUCAAGGCCUACCUUCAAACUCAGGCUCUUUGCUUGACAUCAUGGGAAAAUCCAAAGAAAUCAGCCAAGACCUCAGAAAAAUAAAUGGUAGACCUCCACAAGUCUGGUUCAUCACUUCGGAGCAAUUUCCAAACGCCUGAAGGUACCACGUUCAUCUGUACAAACAAUAGUACACAAGUAUAAACACCAUGGGACCACGCAGCCGUCAUACCGCUCAGGAAGGAGACACAUUCUGUCUCCUACAGAUGAACGUACUUUGGUGUGAAAAGUGCAAAUCAAUCCCAGAACAACAGCAAAGGACCUUGUGAAAAUGCUGGAGGAAACAGGUACAAAAGUAUCUAUAUCCACAGUAAAACUAGUCCUAUAUCGACAUAACCUGAAAGGCCGCUCAGCAAGGAAGAAGCCUCUGCUCCAAAACCGCCAUAAAAAAGCCAGACUAUGGUUUGCAACUGCACAUGGGGACAAAGAUCGUACUUUUUGGAGAAAUGUCCUCUGGUCUGAUAAAACAAAAAUAGAACUGUUUGGCCAUAAUGACCAUCGUUAUGUUUGGAGGAAAAAGGGGGUUGCUUGCAAGCCGAAGAACACCAUCCCAACCGCGAAGCACGGGGGUGGCAGCAUCAUGCUGUGGGGGUGCUUUGCUGCAGGAGGGACUGGUGCACUUCACAAAAUAGAUGGCAUCAUGAGGAAGGAAAAUUAUGUGAAUAUAUUGAAGCAAAGUCUAAAGACAUCAUUCAGGAAGUUAAAUCUUGGUCGCAAAUGGGUCUUCCAAAUGGACAUUAUAAUAAUAAAUAAUAAUAAUAAUAUGCCAUUUAGCAGACGCUUUUAUCCAAAGCGACUUACAGUCAUGCGUGCAUACAUUUUUGUGUAUGGGUGGUCCCGGGGAUCGAACCCACUACCUUGGCGUUACAAGCGCCGUGCUCUACCAGUUGAGCUACAGAGGACCACGGAGAGCCUAAAAGACAGCCCUGACCUCAAUUCAGAGCCCUGACCUCAAUUCUAUAGAACAUUUGUGGGCAGAACUGAAAAAGCAUUGACCCCAAGCAUACUUCCAAAGUUGUGGCAAAAUGGCUUAAGGACAACAAAGUCAAGGUAUUGGAGUGGCCAUCACAAAGCCCUGACCUCAAUUCUAUAGAACAUUUGUGGGCAGAACUGAAAAAGCGUGCGCGAGCAAGGAGGCCUACAAACCUGACUCAGUUAUACCAGCUCUGCCAGGGGGAAUGGGCCAAAACUCACCCAACUUAUUGUGGGAAGCUUGUGGAAGGCUACCCGAAACAUUUUACCCAAGUUAAACAAUUUAAAGGCAAUGCUACCAAAUACUAAUUGAGUGUAUGUAAACUUCUGACCCACUGGGAAUGUGAUGAAAGAAAUAAAAGCUGAAAUAAAUCAUUCACUCUACUAUUAUUCUGACAUUUCACAAUCUUAAAAUAAAGUGGUGAUCCUAACUGACCUAAGACAGGGAAUUUUUACUAGGAUUAAAUGUCAGGAAUUGUGAAAAACUGAGUUUAAAUAUAUUUGGCUAAGGUGUAUGUAAACUUCAGACUUCAACUGUACAUAUCUACCUCAAUUACCUCGGAUCCCUGUACAUCGACUCAGUACUGGUACCCUGUGCACACUGAGUAUAGAAAACAUUCAGAGCACCUCCUCUUUCCAUGACAUAGACUGACCAGGUGAAUCCAGGUGAAAGCUAUGAUCCCUUAUUGAUGUCACUUUUUAAACCCACUUAAUUCAGUUUAGAUGAAGUGGAGGAGACAGGCUAAAUAAGGAUUUUUAAGCCUUGAGACAAUUGAGGAUUGUGUAUGUGUGCCAUUAAGAGGGUGAAUGGGCAAGACAAAAAAUGUAAGUGCCUUUAAACGGGGUAUGGUAGUACCAGGCGCACCAGUUUGUGUCAAAAACUGCACUUCACUGUUAGUUUACAAUUGAAGUUUAUGAAGCAUGUGACAAAUAACAUUUUAUUUGAGGAAAUAGCCUGUUAUAUUUCCCUAAGUCCUUAUGUAGUUAUGAUAAACUAAGAAUACUCUGUGUGUUUUAAGAUUCUCACAGCCUUUUUUGUAGCUGUCUCUCCACCUUUAGAUAUGAUACAUUCUACUCAGUCUUACUAGAGCCCAGUAGACAGGAACUCAGGGAGAAACAUUUAAUGUGACAUUAUCAGCCAGCUCUGAAGCUGAGUCACAGCAGACACUCACUCUCUGCUGUGUGGUCGAUCUGCUCCGCAUACAAAAUAAAAGCUGUUUCUGUGACUCAUAUCUGAGAAGCAGAUGUUUCUGUGAGCUCAAGCAGGACCCAGGUUCCCUCUGGCACCAACCUAAUAUAACAUAUUGUCAUUAAGACCUGAUCAUUCUGCUGAAUUAUAUUAAGUGCUCCUUUUGGGACUUUUAAUAUUUUAGUCAAGACUUGUAGUCUUUUAGGCUCUCCAGCUUCCUUUUUGUCAAUGACAAACACUUAUUGAAUUGAGGAAGUCUAUGAUUAUUUCACACAUUUUAAUACAUGUCAGAAUGAUGGUUGUUUGCUGUUGUCCUUUUUCUAGGUACCCUUGGUCCCAUUCAUCCCUGGUGCAAGCAUCCUCAUGAAUGUGUUCCUAAUGCUGAAGCUCAGCCCUAUGACCUGGAUCCGCUUUACCGUGUGGGUGGCUGCAGGUAAGAUUACUUCCGCUGAUGGCACAAAUGUGUGUUGUGUGAGGACCAUGUGCUAUGUAGCACAGACACACCCUGAAAACCAAACAUCAUGUCAGACAGAACUGGAACUGUUGCAUUCAGUGGUUGAAAUACUGUGCCUCUUAACCUACGUGGAUCGACAAAUAGUAUGGAUACUUAGUACUGGUUGAUCAUAGACAACAGGACAUGAAACAGGGUUUUAUUAAAUUAUUAGUACAUAGUACAUGUUUGUAUUAAAACAUAUGCAGGUUACUUUUUGCAUUUACAGAGAGUAAACCCACCAAGUAAAUCAAGGCCUGACUGGACAGUGAGUGAGUUAACCCUUUCCUAGCCAGCGCCUGCUGCAGUUAGAGGAUGUUAAUUGGCUGUAGAGUUCGCUGUCAGCAAAGAGGAUCAGCAAGGAAACAUGAUUAGCUGUAUGAGCUCAGAGGUCUUCUGGACCAUGUAAACCCUUUAAACACAUCUGUCUGCAGGGUUAGGGAGUAAUGGAUUACAUGUAAUUAUAUGUAAUCCGUUACCAAUUGUAAUCCGUAUGUUACUAAGUAAAAUAUUGUAAUCAGAUUAGAUACUUUUGAAGAACUAGAUUACUUCUAGGACUACUUUUAAAUUCAGAAAGGAUGUUUGCACAAAAAUUAUUUGACAUCUUUCUGUUUUCUCAAUGACAUUGAAAUAGAAUUGAAAAAAGGCUCCUGUUUAAAUUUGUUCAACCUGAGCGAGUCAGACGACAAAUCAGAGACCACUAUGAAGACACCAAAUGCGUUUGAUGGUUCGCGGGAAAAGAGCAGGAAUAACCUGUUUUAAACUACAGGCCAAGCUACAGUAUGUCUUCCAAUGGUGCGACUGCUGUCGUCAUCCAAAGAUGAUCCAAUUUCAAUAAACGCUUGGAGGUAAGGACGACAGCAGUGGUAGUAGUUUACUGGCGAUACUGUUAUCACUUAUUAUUGAUAUCUAGGCUACAAAGCGCAUUGAUGUGAAUCACACUGCUGCUCUCUCAUUUAUUUGUGGCUUACGUAUUGUGGUUGUUGUGGAUGGCUGUUCACAAAUGUAUAUGCUGUGUAUUUUAACCCAAUAAGGGUUGAAUUGAAGAAGUUUAAACUGCUUAUCAAUCAUUGUUUUUGCGAUCAGGAGUGUAUUCAUUACGGAAACCAUUUACUGUUUAAGAACCAAAUGGAAGCAAACAGAGCAAAACAAGAGUUUCUAUUGGACAAAUAGGUCCCUCCCCGUUUUGUUCCGUUUGCUUCCGUUUAAGAAACGUUUUGUAACAGAAUCGGAGUAAUGAAUACGCCCCAGUGGACAGCCAGGGAAAAAUGCACUCUUGCAACAGCUGCAGUGCGGAUUCCAGCCUAUGGAAUAAAAGUUUGAGUUCAUCCCUUCUAAACUCCCUUGUGGUAUUGUGCUCCAUACUGUCAAAAACUAGUUUAUUUUAAGAAGACCACUAGUGGCGCUUUUAUUUUCUUCAUGGAAAAUUACCAUCUAGUUUUUCACAUGCAAAUAGCACUUUCGGUAGUGCUCAAAGCACGAUAUUCCGAGGGCAGCAUUUUUUUUUGCAGCUCGAAGCAAUGAGCCCAAUCAGUCCUCCGUGACAACAAAAUAAAAAACAACAGAUUAGGCUAAUUCGUCCUUAGUUUUUGGGUUAUGCUCAGAUAAAACCAUCUGGCUAAUCUAUAUUUCCAUAUUAAUCUAUAUUUCCAUAUUUUCAAGUCCUAUUCUUGAAGAUCAAGGGGUAUUACAUUAAUUGGAAUGACUGGAAAUCUGGCAGACCAUGUUUUUUUAAAAUGUAAAGAUCGUAUUAUUAUCUGUAGUAGAAAGCAAUGGGUAAGAAGAAGCCUACAUAACCAACCCAUAAAGUAAAAUGCAACAUCCAUUUAUGGCCAGCUAUGUAAACUCUAACAUUGAUUUAUCCUGCAAUAGAUGUCAUUCAUUUUUGUCUUCUUCUAAUGCAUCUUAAGCAGGUUUACAUUUGUUGGGAUGAGUCUUGUCCUUGAGGCAAAACUGAGCAAUUUCCUCUAGAUGGGCCAGCUGCAUUGUAAAAAUCAAUGAAAACAAUAAUGUGCUUUUUGGUCUUAAUUUAAGGUUAGGGUUAGGCAUUAGGGUUAGCAGUAUGGUUAAGGUUAUGUUUAAAAUCAGAUUUUAUGACUUUGUGGCUGUGCCAGCUACUAACAUGUGCCUCUUAAGGGGAAAGUAAUCUAAAAGUAACUGAAAGUAAUCUGAUUACGUUACUGAGUUUGGGAAAUCCGAAUGUUGAUUGCAAUUUUGUUCAGGUAGGCCUAACUAAUAACUGUAACGGAUAACAUUUAGAAAGUAACCUACCAAACCCUGCCUGUCUGCCUACAGAGGCUUCACAGGGAAUAUUGGUUAAGCCAUGUCUAAGUAAUCAAUUCCUAGCACCAUAUUCCUGCUAUAGCUGUGUCUUCUGAAUGGAAAUGCGCAUACAGGAUGACAGUAUAACAAUAACAUGUUUGUGUGAUUCUGAUUACAGUGGGGGAAAAAAGUAUUUAGUCAGCCACCAAUUGUGCAAGUUCUCCCACUUAAAAAGAUGAGAGAGGCCUGUAAUUUUCAUCAUAGGUACACGUCAACUAUGACAGACAAAUUGAGAUUUUUUUUUCCAGAAAAUCACAUUGUAGGAUUUUUUAUGAAUUUAUUUGCAAAUUAUGGUGGAAAAUAAGUAUUUGGUCAAUAACAAAAGUUUCUCAAUACUUUGUUAUAUACCAUUUGUUGGCAAUGACACAGGUCAAACGUUUUCUGUAAGUCUUCACAAGGUUUUCACACACUGUUGCUGGUAUUUUGGCCCAUUCCUCCAUGCAGAUCUCCUCUAGAGCAGUGAUGUUUUGGGGCUGUCGCUGGGCAACACGGACUUUCAACUCCCUCCAAAGAUUUUCUAUGGGGUUGAUAUCUGGAGACUGGCUAGGCCACUCCAGGACCUUGAAAUGCUUCUUACGAAGCCACUCCUUCGUUGCCCGGGCGGUGUGUUUGGGAUCAUUGUCAUGCUGAAAGACCCAGCCACGUUUCAUCUUCAAUGCCCUUGCUGAUGGAAGGAGGUUUUCACUCAAAAUCUCACGAUACAUGGCCCCAUUCAUUCUUUCCUUUACACGGAUCAGUCGUCCUGGUCCCUUUGCAGAAAAACAGCCCCAAAGCAUGAUGUUUCCACCCCCAUGCUUCACAGUAGGUAUGGUGUUCUUUGGAUGCAACUCAGCAUUCUUUGUCCUCCAAACACGACGAGUUGAGUUUUUACCAAAAAGUUCUAUUUUGGUUUCAUCUGACCAUAUGACAUUCUCCCAAUCCUCUUCUGGAUCAUCCAAAUGCACUCUAGCAAACUUCAGACGGGCCUGGACAUGUACUGGCUUAAGCAGGGGGACACUGCAGGAUUUGAGUCCCUGGCGGCGUAGUGCGUUACUGAUGGUAGGCUUUGUUACUUUGGUCCCAGCUCUCUGCAGGUCAUUCACUAGGUCCCCCCGUGUGGUUCUGGGAUUUUUGCUCACCGUUCUUGUGAUCAUUUUGACCCCACGGGGUGAGAUCUUGCGUGGAGCCCCAGAUCGAGGGAGAUUAUCAGUGGUCUUGUAUGUCUUCCAUUUCCUAAUAAUUGCUCCCACAGUUGAUUUCUUCAAACCAAGCUGCUUACCUAUUGCAGAUUCAGUCUUCCCAGCCUGGUGCAGGUCUACAAUUUUGUUUCUGGUGUCCUUUGACAGCUCUUUGGUCUUGGCCAUAGUGGAGUUUGGAGUGGGACUGUUUGAGGUUGUGGACAGGUGUCUUUUAUACUGAUAACAAGUUCAAACAGGUGCCAUUAAUACAGGUAACGAGUGGAGGACAGAGGAGCCUCUUAAAGAAGAAGUUACAGGUCUGUGAGAGCCAGAAAUCUUGCUUGUUUGUAGGUGACCAAAUACUUAUUUUCCACCAUAAUUUGCAAAUAAAUUCAUUAAAAAUCCUACAAUGUGAUUUUCUGGAUUUUUUCUCUCUCAAUUUGUCUGUCAUAGUUGACGUGUACCUAUGAUGAAAAUUACAGGCCUCUCUCAUCUUUUUAAGUGGGAGAACUUGCACAAUUGGUGGCUGACUAAAUACUUUUUUCCCCCACUGUAUGUAAGCAUGUGUUUUGGUCCUAACAGUAUGUGUUGCACCUCUCUAGGUCUACUGGUGUAUUUUGGCUAUGGGAUCUGGCACAGUAAGGAGGGCCUGAGGGAGCUGCAGCCCAAGGAUAUGGCUGCCAGGUACGUGGUGCUCCCAAGUGGCAGCCUGGUAGAGACAGUCCAGUCAGUGAAGCCGAACGGACAUGGGGACGCCAGCGCCCUCCACACCACCCCCUCCCCCGCCCCGUCUGCUGAAGAGCAGCAGGCAAAGAGAUGA